ACAUUCGUUAGCUUCCUAAUGACUUAUCCUCAUCCACUUCUAAAAUUCUUCAUUUGAUCCUCUUUUCUCGAUUGAUUUAAAGCGAGGGAGCUCUAUGCCUUCUUCCACUCGAAGUUUCGUGUUAGCUAGCGAUUCCAUCAUCUUCUUGCAAAGAGAUCGGCAUCAUACUAGGGUUUGGCUAGCGUCGGUUGGCUUGCCUACACAAAGAUCUGCUUGAUUUAAGGCGAAAUAACAAAAAAAAAAAAAAAAGAAGAAGAAAAAGGAAAAAAAGAAAAACAUAUUAUUUGAUCGAUCGAUCACAUGGCGAUCUCGGUCAGGGUUUAAUUUUGCUCGAAAUCGAACUUGAGUUGCAGGAAUUCCUGCUUUCCCGAGAAUCUGCGGUUCAGCCUCCUGUUUUUAUUUGCGGUCGCUGAGAAACAGCUCCAGAUUCUAAAUUUCGGUAGAUUGAGAGAUUAGAGAAGUUAUCAGGAGGUGUGAUGGGAACUCUUCAAGGAUCUGUUAUUUGCCCCACAGUCCGUACAAAGCAGGCUGGAGUAUAUACUCUUCCAGGAAAUGGGCCUCUUAUGACAGCUAAGAUUCUCAGAAGCAAGUUAUGGGGAUCUAAAAGGAGAUGCCGAAGUAGGAUUAAUGUGGAAGCUCUCUCUCAUCCAGCCCUGUUGCAAAAAUCCAGGACAAUACACUGUAGCUUCCGUUCAUCAUCAAAUGAUAAUGGUAGCAUGGCAGAGAACUUCAAUGAGAAUGAUGAAGAUUAUGUGAAUUCCAGUGUAGUUGAAGCCGUUGAGGUAAAAAGUAGCUCAGAUGGUUUCAUGAUAAAAAUGAGAGAUGGUAGACAUUUAAGAUGUGUUCACAACAACCCUCAAGGUGGACAUCUACCUGAUUAUGCUCCACAUCCUGCUAUUGUACUGAAGAUGGAGGAUGGAAGUGGUCUUCUUCUUCCCAUAAUUGUCUUGGAGAUGCCAAGCAUCUUGCUCAUGGCUGCAGUUCGUAAUGUUCCAAUGGCUAGGCCUACUCUAUAUCAAGUAAUGAAGGAGAUGACUGAGACAAUGGGAUAUGAGGUAAAACUUGUCCGAGUAACCAAAAGAGUAAAUGAGGCAUAUUUUGCUCAGUUAUACAUUACGAAGAUAGACGAUGAAACACAAAGAGUUAGUUUUGAUCUCAGGCCUUCAGAUGCCAUUAACAUUGCAGUACGAUGUAAGGUACCAAUUCAAGUUAACAAAUAUUUGGCAUACAAUGACGGAAUGAGAGUUGUUGAACCUGCAAAGAUGGUGUCUCAACCUCCUCUUUCAGAUGGCCUUUUGUUUACGAAUCUGGACAGACCAGAUGAUCAGCCAUGUAUUGAAGCCAAAGAAUUUGAUCUUGUUCGUAACAUGCUAAUUGCUGCUGUUGAAGAAAGAUACAGGGAUGCAGCUCGGUGGAGGGAUAAACUCACCCAACUCCGUUCCCAGAAAAGGAACUGGACAUAACAGUGGUCUUGCGCAGAAAAUUUGUAUAUAGAAGUUGAUGUUCCAGGAAGAAAGUCAGUCGGUAUAUAUUUCUCUACAUCUGGGUACCUCCUCAGUAUGUGAAUAUUUGUAUAGGUGGAUAGAUGUUCCCUAGUAGAGGUCCGCACGUGGACAACCGUGUGUUUUCUAUAUUCAGUAUCAUAUCAUUCUCUACGAUCGGUCGAUCAGAUCUGUCGUAGGCCGUGUAUGUAGUAAGGUUGUGAAUAAAUAUGUAGAUGGAUGAAAGCAAUACUGCUAAUUUUUUUGGAGCAUAUGGCAUGCGCAUGCAUUCUGCCCUCUUUUCUUGUCUUGCUUGUAAUCCCUGCCUCUAAUAUUUCAAGCGUUUCACUGUAAAAGGGAAUUAUUAGAGGCAUAGAGUUGUGUUAAUUGAAAGCCUUGGGCCAUAGAGUUCGGCUUCA